UGUGUGUGCGUGUGCGCGCGCGCUCUGCUUAGAAUUCGCAACGGCACCCUAAUAAUACCGUGCACACACUGUCGCCGCCGCGUGCUUACAGUAAAUAAACAACAACAAAAACAAAAAUGAACGCCGUGACCGCCGCGUCCUGCCUGCUCGUCGCCGGCUUCAGCUGCUACCUCUACGGCAGCGACGUGUUGUCAUCGCUGCUCCGUGUCUCUGUUACAGACUCCUCCAUGCCGGAGCCGGGAGCUGCUCCGCGGCGAAGUCCGCAGGGAGUCCCCUACUCUGACCUGCCGCACAUCGUCAACGCAGACGGAUUGCACCUGUUCUGCCGCUACUGGGAACCCACCGGUCAGCCAAGGGCUCUGGUAUUUAUUGCCCAUGGAGCUGGGGAACAUUGUGGCCCAUAUGAUGAGAUGGCACAGAGACUGAAAGAACUCUCCUUGCUGGUAUUUGCACACGACCACGUUGGCCAUGGCCAGAGCGAAGGUGACAGGAUGAACAUUAAGGACUUUCAGAUUUAUAUCAGAGACUCCCUUCAGCACAUUGACCUGAUGAAGUCUCGCCACCCUGACCUGCCUGUAUUUAUUGUGGGCCACUCCAUGGGUGGUGCUAUCUCAAUCCUGACAGCCUGUGAAAGACCUGGUGAUUUUGCUGGAGUGGUUCUGAUAGCUCCCCUGGUCCAGAUGAACCCGGAGUCAGCCACACCAUUCAAGGUUUUCAUGGCAAAACUGCUGAACCACAUGCUGCCCAGCCUCACUAUGGGCUCCAUCGAGUCCAAAUGGCUCUCACGGGACAAGAGGCAGGUGGAGGCAUACGACGCUGAUGAGCUAAACUAUCACGGCGGGAUGCGAGUAUCAUUCGGCAUGCAGCUGAUGGCGGCAGUGGAGCGUAUGGAGAGGGAGAUCCCGUCAAUCAGCUGGCCCUUCCUGCUCCUUCACGGUGACGCUGACAAACUCUGUGACAUCAGAGGCUCCAGGAUGAUGUAUGACAAUUCUCCGAGUACAGACAAGAAAAUCAAGAUCUACGAAGGAGGCUACCACGCUCUUCACCAUGACCUCCCUGAGGUGGCUGAGUCCGUGCUAAAGGAGCUGACCACCUGGAUCACAGAGCACAUCCCAGCUACAACAUCGCAGGAAGCGCAAGGCUCCUAAAUGUAUGGCCUGCACACCUCUGUUGAAGCUCUGAGGAAACUGCCAAUCUCGUCAUAAAACGCCUGCUCACGUUCCUGUAGUGCGUCAGGCAUAAUAAUACUACUGCACUUUCCUGUCUGGGAGAUAUUUGGGCAUACUGAUGGACAUUAUAGUCUCUGUAUAACAGGUUUAUUAGCAAAUCCUCUGGGCUACUGUAAAAAAAAAAACCCACACUCUUCCUCCUAUCUGUACAUCAGGCCACUGAUAUAAAUUGGGCAAUAGGGUCAGUUCUUAUUGUAAAUACUCUGUAGCAAUGGUCAGCAUCAUGGCGAAAUUUCUGAUCAGGGAUGUGCCUCAUGUGUUUAUAUGCUUCACAUCAUCUCCACUGAACUGCUCAUGUGCAGCUUUUAGCGAGUAAAGACUGUCACAAACUUUACUCCCUAAAAGCAAGGGUUCGAAGUGCAAUAAUGGGUAUGGCCUUUCAUUUUCUCAUUUUAUAAACAGGCCAGAUCUUUUAAAUAUUAAUAACAGAGGCAGCAGAAUACAGAAGCAUUUCUUUCUGCCUCAACUACCAUUAACAGACUGGGUUAGAGGUCAGGAACAGAAGGAGGACGGCACCUUUGGAGCUGUUGUCGGUUCAGGGAUGCAUGAAUACUUAAUAGGUAACUUAUCAUUUAGCGACACUGAAUAGCCAUCUUAAAGUCUCCUUAGUUUACUCCACCAUACUCUCUGACCUUAUCCCAUCUCCUCUUCCUCUCCUGCCUCCUCACUGACUGCGCUGUUUUUGAAUAUCACAUUUCUGAUAAAGGCAGCUUUUAUAGAGCUGAUCAGAAGCAUAUACUGAAAGCACUCUAUAUGUAAUAGUCUUCUCCUGACUUCCUCUUUGCUUGAUCUGAGGACAGAUGGUUAGCCUAAAGACAGAUGGUUGACAGUGAUACAUCAUAUGAGGAUAAGGUACUGUAGUCAGUCUAAAUCCAGACGAUGAUCUAGCUUCAUAUAUUUUGUCCUAAUGACGAUAUAAGUACUUCUUAUCUGCCUAACUGAGUGACCGAUUAUUAAAAUAGUUUUCCAUAUAGGUGCUAUAUAUGCGAUCCUAGUCAAGAGUGUAAGAUGGGGCUAAAUUAUUCAGAUGAAACUGCUUUGAAUCGCUCUGCAGGUGGGAGGUCAAAGGUGAAAUGUUCUUUGACCUUUAUGGACGUAGUCGAGCUCACUGUCAGUUGUUCGCUGAGGCCAAGCCUUGAUUGAUUAAGUUCAGGCUGCAAACUGGGGGGCCCAGCUAUAAAGUGAAAGGGGAACAUUACAUGACUUUAUGCCAGGAAGCAGCCAGUCUGGCUUCGUUUUUUUUUUUUUUUUUAAAUCUUGUUCUGUAAAACUAACCUUUGAUGUUCUUAAAGUAUAGGGACAUCAAAGGUGAGGACAAGGGGCCGUUCAAAGGGUUAGCAUUUAAAAUCAGCUCUUGCUCGAUGUGGGUUUUCAGCUGAACCACAGCAAUAAUGUCAAAGUAGCCUACAUUUGUGGUUUGUCAGUAAUUAUAAACUAGACAGACACGCUCUGAACUACCUAUUUUAUAGUGUCAUGUAGACUGUAAUUACUGGUCACAUACACUUAGCUUUUACCUGUUCGUCAAGCACAAUGAGGUUUCAGAUUAUUAAACGUGCACCGCUCACAACUUGGAAAGCAAUUAGGGUCUUUUAUGGUGCUUCAUUUUUGACACCAGACAUCCGUGAUACCGCUUUUAGUGACUCGUUCUGUGGUGAACACAUCCAGUAAGCAGUUCUGUGAUAGAGAUUCAACUGGCCAGCCUGUUUUUUUUUCUUUCUUUUUUCGGUAUUACCCGGAGUUCAAAGAGACUCAUGCACAUAGUGAAGGGGGAAGCUUGCUGCUGUAACCACGGUGACCGUUACUCUUGUUUAGUCAUAGCAGCAGCAGUGUGGCAGAAGAUUCCUUUUUUUCUUUUUGACAUGUGUUGUCACCACGGUGACCACUAAAAGACUGACAGAAUGAGAGCAAUUUCUGGCCUCUCUGUCUUUAUGUCUCUUCCCUUUGCCCCGCCUUGUCUCACCCAUACUAUUUUUUCUUUGUUUGUUUGUUUAUUUUUUAGCCACAGUAACCGGUGCUCUUUGUUCCAUCCAUCAUGCAAGCCAUUGUUCUACUACAUACUCAAACAUUGUGUACCCUCAACCACCCACACUGUCCCUAGUGGCCAAUUAUCAGAGCUGCAACAGGUUAUAUUGUAAAGUGUUCAGAUACUAUUUUUAUCCUUUUUUUCUGAUUCUUGGACCAUGUGGCUGAGACCAAGGGUGCUAGAUGUAGGUGGGAGGAAGGGGCCAUUAAAUCUUUUUUCUUUCUUCAGCUUCUUCUUUAGGUGAGCUGGUGUGCUUUAAAUCAGAAAAUGGGUUUCUGCAACAUUAACCAACAAGAAAGACUUUUACAUCGCAGCAAAACAAUCAGAAGGAGCAAUUUAAAAUGUCUUUAAAAUGACAUUUUAGUCUGACGUUGUUUUGCUCCCAGUCGGAAAAGAUUACUGAUGAUGAGGGAAAAGGCUCUAUUAUCAGGUCUGACUUAGGCAGUAGACCAUGUGUUUUGUUUUUUGUUUUGUUUUU